AUGAAAAGUUUAAGCAAACUUUGCGAAAUCAGCCUAAUGAGGAAUUAUCAGCAGAUACAGAACGUUGCGAACGUUCCAUACCGGUUGAUACAAGACAUACUGCUUAAGGUUAAAUUCGAUCAGCUGUGCAGGCUGGAGAAGAGCAACGUUCUGCUCAUUUUCGAAGAUGACGAAUUAUGGCUUAAUCUGUUGAAGCAGGACUUCCCGACAAGCACUCAUGAAUCUUUUGUGUCAAAGAAGGAUGUGAUAAGACAAUACUACAUGGACUUCGUCCAGGAAAAUGACCCAGCGCUGCUUGAGGCAGAUCCUGAGCUCGUUGAGACGUAUUUGCAACCGACGCUGAGGAAAAGUCGGUCAAACGGCCAGUUCAGGAUGCCAUACCGAAUGCUGUACUUUAGAUAUCAGGAAGAUGUAAUAAGGAAGCAAGAGAAGAGUGCGGAAAGACUGCGAUUGCAGAUGAAGCAGCUCCAGCAGGAGCGAAUAAAGAACCAAAUAGUUGUGGUGGAUCCACCUUUCAGCGCCAAAGGGCUUGCGAGGAGGAGCGCGAAAGAGCACCAUUCAGAACUAUUUCGCAAGAGCAUGAAGGAACACGACUCGAGACUUCGACAUUUUAAAAAUGGCGGCUUCGACAUAGCCAAGCGACAUGCGACGCGAGUUGCGUUCGGUGGAUCGGCUGGCGGAGCUCCAACUGGCUCUCCCCAACCGCACGCGGGUUCAGAGCCGAUCCCGAUACGAAAGAUAGUGGACGAACCACCAAGAGAGGCCACCUCCCCAGCAGACGCUAACCCAGGUCUCCCGCCAGCAAUAAAAAAGAGAAGGACCGAACCACCUAGCAUAUUUCUCAAGAAGAAACCGGCAGUACCCAUUGCCAGGACCAGAGAGCCGCCGGCGCCGCCUUCGCAGCCUGUUGCGGGUCCAAGAAACGCUACAUCAGGCCACAAGAAGAAAUCCGCACUCUUCGACAGGCCGUCCCAGAAUCCGUCUACGCAGGACAGCCCGGUCGCCGGAAACAGGAGCCAGCACAGGAGCAUCUACAUAUUCGACAAGAGACACCGCACCGCCAAGAACAACGCAUCUGAACGAUAG